ACGAGCCCGUCGUCAUUUAGUUGCCGCACUCAAUCGAAUCAAGUUGUGUCCGUUUUUAUCUCUCUGUCUCUGUGUGUAUCGUCGCCACCGCCGCCGCCACCGCUGCCGCCAUCAUCAUCGUUGCCACUGUCAACCUCUUUUGCUGUCGUUUCAUCGCGGAAAGCAAAUAAAAAACAAAAUUGUGGAACGAAACCACAUUCAUAAACAUCCCAAAACAGCAAACAGCAGGCCCCACCCGUGGUGCAAAAAAGCUUUGCGUGUUCGGGCGUGGUAAAGUUAGUGAAGGAAUUUAAAUUGUGAUUCGAUUGAGCUUGUACUCUCAUUUUGUUCCCCUGGCGGACCUUUUCCGGCUCUGUACCUUGACGACGGUGUGUGUGUGCACUCGGUUAUCUUAGGUGAAUGUGCCCCCCAUUUAAGUGAGGAUUGCUGGUACGCCCCCCGCCCCCCUAAACCCCAGUUUUGUGUUACACAUUCGUGGGAAAAGACUUAACUAUUAAUCCAGGACUCCAGUGAAACAUCCACCGUGACAUCCACAUCUCCGGUUGCGAAGCUGAUGCGCAAGCGAGAAGAGACGCGUAAAAGAUCUCUUGGUGCUGUUUAAUACUACACUAUUAACAACAACUGAAUAAAUCUUCCAUUUACGAGAUUUUUCUAGUCAAAAAGGAAAUGAGUUAUAGCUAAUCUUCGUCUAAUACUAUACAUAAAAACGGGUGAAAUAAAACCAACAUAUUUGUUCGCUGCACAUCCGAUAUAGAUGCAUUAAGUUAAUGCACAUCACUAAACGGUGUGUAACGAGCCGCAAAGUGAACGUUUAAAAACGGUCCGUGUGUACCUUUUGCAGGAAGUAAAUUGUACAAGCUUUAGCGCUUGCUUUAAGGCGCAUCGGAAAAAACGCUUUUCCGGGUGUUCAUCCGGAAUAUCAUCAGUAUUAAUAGUGUUACUAUACAGUACGCAAGGCUGAAGCCAACGACGACGAAAACGACGACGAAGGCGAAACACUGAAAAUACGACAUCCAAUAAAUUUGCUGUCUUAACGUGUGUAAGAACGUAUCGGGCGGGGGGUGCUUACUGGAGCUGCUGCUUAGGAAGUGAAGAAGCGUAACGCCUCCACCGAAAAGGGAAGCGAAAGUACGAGCGCGGUCGGUUACAAUCAUUUACGGACGCCGCACAACGGUUGACACUUCCAUUAAAAGCAUCGUCGAUAGACGAAAAGCUAUCCACUUUGCCCAAACCGAACCGCGUGUCACAAAAGCGGACCAUCGACCGGCAACGACAGAACCAGCUUUGGUUUGCGACCGGCAGUACCGGCAGCAGAGAAGGGAAGCAACAAAGGCGACAACUGUAACACACACAUCCACACCGCCGCCCAUCGUCUGGUUCAUCGUCGCUUAACUGUGUCAUGAUGACGAACGGAAUCGCUGAUGCGCAACAAAAUGGCGGUGGCCAGGAAGACUCAAAGACCAAUCUUAUCGUCAAUUAUUUACCACAGCAGAUGACCCAGGAGGAGAUACGGUCGCUUUUCUCCAGCAUCGGGGAGGUGGAAAGCUGCAAGCUGAUUCGUGACAAAGUGACCGGGCAAAGCCUUGGGUACGGAUUCGUCAACUACCAGCGAGCUGAGGAUGCGAGCAAAGCGAUCAACACACUGAACGGCCUAAGAUUGCAGAACAAGCAAAUAAAGGUAUCGUUUGCUCGCCCGAGCUCGGAAGCAAUCAAGGGUGCGAACCUGUACGUGUCUGGUUUGCCGAAGAACAUGCUGCAGGCGGACCUGGAGGCACUGUUUAGCCCUUACGGGCGCAUCAUCACGUCUCGCAUCCUGUGCGACAAUAUUACAGCGCGACAGUACAGCACUCCAGCUGCUGGUGAAAACGGUAAUGGCCUUUCCAAAGGAGUCGGUUUUAUACGUUUCGAUCAGCGCAUGGAGGCGGAAAAGGCUAUCAAGGAGUUGAACGGUACUGUACCGAAAGGGUCAACCGAACCGAUCACCGUCAAGUUUGCCAACAACCCAAGCAGCACGAAAACCGUACCACCGCUAGCAGCCUAUUUAGGCCCACAAGCAGCUCGCCGUUUUCCGGGCCCGAUCCAUCAUCCGACCGGACGAUUUAGCAGUGCCAUUCCAAACUAUCGAUACUCGCCACUGGCAGGAGAUUUACUGGCGAACUCGAUGAUUCCUACCAAUGCCAUCGCGAACGGAUCCGGUUGGUGUAUUUUCGUCUACAACCUCGCACCGGAAACGGAAGAGAACGUACUGUGGCAGCUGUUCGGUCCGUUCGGUGCCGUCCAAUCCGUUAAGGUCAUUAAGGAUCUGCAAACGAACAAAUGCAAAGGCUUCGGAUUCGUGACGAUGACCAAUUAUGAUGAAGCGGUCGUCGCGAUUCAAUCACUGAACGGUUACACGCUCGGUAACCGGGUACUGCAGGUCAGCUUCAAGACAAACAAGUCGAAAAAUGCGUAAAAUCAAGCCAACCUGCCACCGGAGCUGUUGGCCCACUGGUUGGCUCAGCUUUCGAUCGUAACCGCGGCCCGCAACAACGUCGGUGGUGAGAUGCAAGAGGAUGCACGUCGCCGUCGACCGGCGGACGAACUCCGACGGCAGCGGCAGGAGGAUCCUAUGGGACUUUCGCGGCGACGUCAACGGUCACGCGGUGGUGGUGGUGACCGGGAGUUCGGAAUGCUGGACCAGCGGCGCGCCCUCGACGGAUGGAUGAGCGAACUUAAUGAGCUGCUGAAGAUACGUCCAAUCCGAUAAGCGGUGGUCGCGUUUACUUUAUUUAUUAAUGCCCAUCAUUUACGCAUUUUUCAUUUGCUGCGAGGUUGGCGUGAUGAUUGAGAAAAAGGGCUGCUAGGGCAACAAUCUGGUGGCAUCAGUUGAGCAAAACAGACAAAGGAAACAACAAACCAAAAAAGGGGGAAACAAACGCAAAGAUAAGGCUCAUAGUGGAAUAGAAUAUUGAAUCAGAAAGGAAGCGUAAAGAAAAGGGAAAUACGUGAAAAGAUACACCAUGAUUCUACAAGUUUGUGUAAUAUCUCUAGCGAAGAAGUUGUACGGUGUUAGUUAUCAUUUGCACAUUAAUUUCUCCAUCAAAAAAAAAACCGCCGGUUUUGGGUGAAGGCGAAAAUGGAAAAUAGGGAAAUUGCGGGGAAAAAUGUGCAAUAAUAGCUAUAACCUUCGUUUCGACAGCCAUUUAGUCAGGCUGCUGAGUGGAGGAGAAGGACAAACGUAAUGCAAACCGGAACCGUAAUAAUAAUUAAUGCUGCUGCUAGUGAUACUGUCGUAAGCGGAAGUGCGUCAUAAUGACCAUCCCUAAACAUCGCCUAUGUUCAGGUCAGACUUUCGAUCUGACUUUUGAGCGGAGGUUUGAGCUCGCUCUACCCCCUACGAGACUCGCUAAUAAGGAGAAGCAUAAAAGGAAUGGAGGAAGAGUAACUGUAACUUGUUCGUAACACAUCUAUGGAAGGCAAAACAUUUUUAGAAGAAUUUUACACAAGGUUUUACACACGAGUAAACGAAACACGAAGGAUUCACGGUAGUGAAGGAAAGGGAAAGAAAAAAAAAGAAACGGUGGGAAAAUUGAAUGUACAACAGGAAGGACGAAUGGGAUGUGUGCGCGUUGAAAAGAUACAGGGGACAGAAAGAGGAAAUGCAGCAGUAACAUCGAACGGGGGCUUCCCCAGGACAUGGGAUUGCUAGUCAAAAGGGUAAUCGAUAAUGAUGAUGAUGAUGAUGAUGUCACUCGCCGUUUUUUGCACCAUGAAGAAACAAAGCUGUGUGAAAGCAGUUGUUCACUUAAGCUUCCAUUUCCUCCCCUUCUUCUCUGAGAGUUUGGCGGUUCUGCGUUCGGCCAGCAACCGAGAAGCUGAUGGUUGUUUAGACACAUUUAAUUAACUUAUUUAUAUUCAUUUGUGCGUGUUUGCGUUCGUUCGGUUUUUGUUCGUUUUUAAGCAUCACCAGAGUGGCAGUUCGCGCCGAUGACUGGUAUCGUUAAGUUAAAAAGUGCUUUUGAUUUUUAUAUUCUUCGUUCCUUAUUCCUUAUUUGAAGUAGUGUUUUGCCACAAAUUUAAAAGUACACACACACACACACACACACACACACACACAUCCUAUUGAAUGUUAUUUAAUACACAUACAUUUCAAUUUAUUGUCACUUGUUCCAUGAUGUUUGCGGUUUAGUUUUGCCAUUUGUUUGGUGUUAUUUUUUGCAUACACGAAUAGAGAGAUGAAGUGCACGACUCGAGAUUUCCUUCAGUCUCAGAUAAUGUUUAGAAAUGUUUACUUUUUUCUUCCUUUCCCCGGUAAAGGUGAAACGGAUGCUAAGGUGCUAGUCGCAAACUUGCAAAUUGAACGUAUGGCGUGUAUGUACAUCAAUGUGCUAGAGAAUGUCCAAUGUUAGUUUUGCUAGAUAAUACACUAUUGCUUUUGUUUUCGUUUCUUUUUCUAAUUAAUUUUAUUUUAAUCAAUACUUUGCCGAAUACUUUGCCGAAUGCUUGGUGUGUUUCUGUGUUCAAGAUAGCUUAAACAGAAUUUGUUAAAGAAAUCCACACGCAAUUUAAUUUAAUGUCAUAGUUUAAUUUUAAUCGCACGCGUUUGAGUUCGUUUGUAUAAUUUUGAAUCGAUUAUUUAAGCGAAAUUGUAUCGAAAUUGAGUUGCUUCACAAGAGUUGUUGGUGCGUAAAAAAUGUUUCGAUGUAAAACAAUCAGGAGUGGAGACAGAAAAAACUACGUGACACGUGAACCGUGCGCAAAACAAUGUAAAGUGAAAGGAAAGAAAGUACCAAAUAUGGAAACAAGAUUGUAUUCAAAAUAUUA